CUAACUGGCUAACGUCAGCUAGUAUUAGCAUCAUGCGAGUAGUUAGCAAGUUUGCGGGUUUGCAACUUUGACUGUCAGCUCUUCAUGUCCACAUUAAUUUAAACCUUGACCUAGCGAAUCCUUGGUCUAAUUCCAAGUGGGUUGUAAGUAAAGGGCUAACUCGUCUGGAUCCCCCUGUGCAUGAAGCUCUUCUGACAUUGUGGUGUCUAAGUGCUGCGUGCCCCAGCUCCUCCUGCCUCUCAUCAUGUCCUCCACCUCUUCCUCCUACUCCUCCUCGGGGGAGACUAGUCCGGAGGAUGUUCCCCGAGGUGGGGGCACCAUCCGAGUCUACCUCCCCAACAAACAGAGGACAGUGGUGAAUGUUCGUCAAGGACAGACUGUGCAUGAGAGUCUAGAUAAAGCGCUCAAAGUGAGAGGCCUCAGCCAAGACUGCUGUGCUGUCUUUCGUCUUCUGGAAGGUCGUAAGAGGCUGACAGAUUGGGAAACAGACAUCACUCCUCUUGUUGGAGAGGAGCUUUUAGUCGAAGUGCUGGAUGAUAUUCCCCUCACCAUGCACAACUUUGUACGGAAAACCUUCUUCAAGCUGGCUUACUGUGAUUUUUGCCACAAGUUUCUUUUUAACGGCUUCAGAUGUCAGACAUGCGGCUACAAAUUUCACCAGCACUGCAGUAGCAAGGUCCCUACUGUGUGUGUGGAUAUGCAUACAUGGAAUAAACGGUGUGAUCCCAGUACCUGCACAGACGAGUACCCACCACGGAUAAUAUUGCCAGAAAAUUCCCCAUCACAGAGCAACCUAGCCUUAACCCCAGAGCCUCCUGGGAUGGACCUUCUGUCCCCGACCUCUGCCUUUCGCUUCCCCAUGCCGGGUGGAGAUGGCCAGUCUCUACAGAGGCAUCGCUCCACCUCCACUCCCAAUGUUCAUAUGGUCAGCACAGUGGGCCCUGCUGGUACCAGCAUUAUAGAGGAAGCACUAAAAUUCAACAACACAAUCGGUCCCGAGCCCUCACCAAAACCCUCUACCAGCCCACCAUCUUCCUUUGGCUCCCCGGGUAGGAGACCACCCAAGUCUCCCUCAGACCACAAGGAGCGCAAGCCCUCCUCUUCUGAUGACAAAAAGAAAGUGCACCGAGGGGGCUACAGAGACUCGAGUUACUACUGGGAGGUCCACUCUCGGGAAGUCAACAUUCAGAAGAGAAUAGGUGCUGGCUCCUUUGGAACAGUCUUCAAGGGCAAGUGGCACGGCGACGUGGCAAUCAAGAUCCUUAAAGUCACAGAGCCUACACCUGAGCAAUUGCAGGCCUUCAAAAAUGAAAUGCAGGUCUUGCGGAAGACCCGCCACGUCAACAUCCUGCUGUUCAUGGGCUACAUGACUAAGCCCAACUUUGCCAUUAUCACACAGUGGUGUGAAGGCAGCAGCCUGUACCGCCAUCUGCACGUCUCAGAAACCAAGUUUGACACUAUGCGUCGCAUUGAUGUGGCCAGACAGACAGCACAGGGCAUGGAUUAUCUUCAUGCAAAGAACAUCAUUCAUCGAGAUCUGAAAUCAAACAAUAUUUUUCUACACGAGGGCUGGACUGUUAAGAUUGGUGACUUUGGCUUGGCAACGGUGAAGUCUCGGUGGAGUGGCUCUCAACAAGUGGAACAGCCCAGUGGAUCCAUUCUCUGGAUGGCUCCUGAGGUGAUCCGAAUGCAGGACGCCAACCCAUAUACAUUCCAGUCUGAUGUAUACGGUUACGGAGUAGUGCUGUUUGAGCUGAUGUCAGGGACCCUGCCUUACUCCAAUAUCAACAACAGAGACCAGAUAAUCUUUAUGGUUGGGCGUGGUUACUUGUCUCCAGACCUCAGUAAGCUGUCUAGUACCUCACCCAAGUCAAUGAAGAGGCUUAUCGUUGACUGCCUGAAGUUCAAACGUGAUGAGAGGCCCCUGUUUCCACAGAUCCUGGUAGCCAUUGAGCAGGUUCAAGACCUGCUGCCAAAAAUCGAGCGGAGUCGCUCUGAGCCAUCACUCCAUCGGGCCGUCCAUGCUGAGGACCUGAACCCGCUCCUGUUCCACACCACCAGGCUGAUGCCUCUCUAAGCUCCUCACAGCACACGGCAGAGAGGUCAUCACCCUGUCCAAAAGCACAGCAUCCCAGUGCCUCAGAGAGGCCACAGGCUGACUGUCCUGACAGACCACGACCCCCACCUCAUUCUCCCUUCAGAGCCCUGGAGCUGCAGCACUCAAUUUCAGAACUUAGUAAUUGCAGACAUAACCGUUACACAUUGAUUAGUCGAAUAGAGAAUCUUCUUUUUCUUUUAUACAAGUGACAAAGAUCUGCUCAUUAGGUUUAAUAAGUAUCUACUGUAUCUAGAAGCAUGUUAAAAUGCAUCUGGUCAGUAUGUGGAUCUUUAUCAAUAACUUCCUCAAGGAGGCGCUCAGUUGUCAGUUCCUAUUGAUGUUGCAAUAAACAAUAAAAGUAAAACUCCAAAAGGGCAUUUGAUGUGAGUUGAACAGCAGGGCCUGGGAAAAUUGGCUGAUCCAAAUUCAGCUCUAUUACCAGACUUCUGCCUGACGAGUAAAGAGAUGCAUUUUAAUUCACUUAGACCUCUGAGUCUUAAAACCUGGCCAACAGGCCAAGUUCAACUGGUUUUAGUAACUAAAAGCUAAAAAAAAAGUGUCACGCCCCAUUUUCAGAUGCUGUGAAUUUCUGAAACAAAUAAUUUCAUGUUACUUAUAAUGUUAUUUACCUUUCUCCACUGGGAUUCCUCUCAGCUUGUUGUAAUAAGGUCAGACUGAGGAUUAAAUUGUUAUGACCAAUAUCUCUGCAGUGUAUACAGAAGGGUUUGGCUGAUCAUGCAUCUUGUCAUUCUGAUAUUUAACAUUUCCAAGCCAAAAUAUUUUAAUACGUUUUCAAGGUUUUCCCAAGCAUUUUAUUUUUGCCAGUUCUCAGCAGAGCACAAGGUCAGAUUCAAAGAACAGGGAACCCUCAAGGCUUUUUAUUCCUUCACUUCCCUUCAUGAGUCUAUCCAGAAUGCCAUCAUGCUUUCACUUAUAUUGUUUUCUUAAAUGAUGUCAUGUUUAGCCUAAUGAGGACUCAACAGACCUUAGUAAGUUGCAGUCUUAAUGUAAGUGGUUAGUUGUAUUGCUGCUACAUAAUGAGUUUUCUGGUCAGUGUUUUUCUACACCUCGGAGAUGAGACCUAUAGGAAUACAGAAACAAGGCUUCAAGUCUUUUGCAGUCUAGUCUUAAGUUUAUUCCUGAUGCUCUCAAAUACUGCACCAGGUUGAUAUUUCACAGAUGCAUGCCCACACACACAAACUAGUACUGUAGCUGUUUGAGAUGCAUUAACACUGCCAGUACCUUUGUUAGUUAGUCGCUCCAAUUCAGACGCACUGUAGGAGGCGUGAGAAGUGUAAUGUUCUGCAAAUACACAAGGGUUCAUUGUGCUUCAAAAUAACUAGACCGUAAGAUGUGUCGUAAGACCACGUCUAACGGCAUAUGUGUUCACCUGUCCCAAAGGCAGGAUGGAAAGCCUGCUGUGAUGAAUUCUCUGUCUUGAGUCUUGUAGUCUCGAUGUGAUGAUUCGUACUGAUGGCGUGCCUUUUAGGACAGCCUCUCCUCGAAGGCGUCCACAGCAUUGCACUCUGUUACAGCACAGUGACUGGAAGAGUGAAAAAGAGAACUUGAAAGAGAUGUUCUGAUCCUGCUUUUUUCACUGGGCCAAAGACUUGGCAUGAUUGUCGGAUUUUCUGUUUCAGAAAAUUAUAAAUGUCUGCCCUACCCACUUCUGAUGCCCCUUUUUAAAAUGGCAUUUUGCCAGUGAGCCCAUGCUCAUGUAGCCAGCUGGAAGGUUGAGUAGCAUUAAUGAAUCGGCAAUUAGCAUCAAAUUCACAAAUUGUUGGUUUGUGCUUGUCAUUGUUAAACAGCUGUAGAUGACCAGGAAACAUUGAGGGUGUAAUUGUCAUGAAGCUAAAUUGGAUAUAUAAAGAAGGAAGCGUGGAAGUCUGUUGAUAGCCAGGAUGGCAGGGGGAUUCUUGGCCAGGCUAGUCCGUCCGUACACUGCCCACCUUUCCUUGCUCUCACACCUCUGGAGAAGAAUGAUAGUCAAACAAACAGUGGCUUGUUGAUCAUGUUGUUCACUGUGUGAUCUGUUAGGCCUGUGAGGGAGACACUUCCAUUCAUUCCUGAGGAUUAGUUUGUUCAAGAGUGGGUUUGGCCCCCGCCAACAUUCAGUGCUCGGGUGUACUGCUUCAUGAUGGAACAUGUUCCCGGUGUAUACUGUAAAGAUUACUGACUUCAGAUGAAAUGCAUGAAACAAGCUGCCUUGUGUAACUAUUAGAUGUGGUCAAAUUAAAGGCUACAGCUGCUCAAAGACCCUUCCCAGGUAAUUAUGGUGGCUCUUAUGGUGCGGAGCUUUCUGGCAUGGCUCUUGUAUUUUAGUCCUGCUGCAUUAUGAUCAAAGGAUGACAUUGAGCAGUCCUCAGGAGUUACAUCUCUGUGCUCCUCGCACUGAUGUGUAGUCCUUUCAUUUCCAAACACUGCUCCUGUCGAGAACAAAAUGCGUUAUGGGAUUUAAGUCAUCACUGGGAGUAAUUAGGAGUUUUUUCAGAACAUGCUGGUCCCGCUCAUGGAUUAUAAAACCUAAUCCCAUGCAAAAGCACUAAACACCAAUGUGGAACCAUUAGAGGUGUACAUGGUGGAGGGACUUUGUGCUGGUGUCUCCUUUACAUGCCCGGGGCUGCUUUCCCUCUCUGCUGCUCCCGUGAUCUGUGACACUGCUCUUUCAUUAGAGCCUUCACUACCGAUGUUAGGGAUUCUGGUCGGGUUCAUGCUCAUUAUUUAUCACAUAAGUAGAUGCCUGCUGUAUGUACUUAGAUUUGGUUUCACUAGAAAUCAUCAUGCCUUAAAUGUGUAAGCCAUAAUAAUUCAAUCACAUGGUUUUAAACCAGACAGUCGACUGUGUACCAACUGUGUGCAGUGUAUCGCUUUCAGAUUUGAGUAAAGGUUCCUGUCACAGAUUCAGGCCUGAUGGCCAGUCAGUACGUUCAGUUUCCUGAAUGGAAAUGGUGAAUUCUGAGAGAAGAACUAAUAUAGAACAAAUGUGUAAUUUGUUAAAUGAUGAUAAAGUAUCUGUUGACAGUAAUUGAAAAGUGCUGCAAAGUAAAACAAUAUUCCAAAACAGAAUCUCGGCUUAGUAAUUAAAGCAGCAUUAGUCCUGAUACUAACUUUAAUGUCAUAUACUAAGUGCACCUUGAGUUGUUGGUUACUGUAGUCAUUCCUCCUCUAUGUGUCGUAUAGUAAUCCCCUCAUGUGACUCCACUGUAAAAUCCAGUUCACGUUUUGUGCAGAAAUCUGAAGUUUACUGCCAGAAUGAAAGCAUCCGCUUGAUUUGUCUAACUAGAACUGCUGAAGACUCAUUUCAGCUUUGGUUUAACUGUAGGAGUCAUUUACAUGCAGAAGGUCGGUGGAUUUUGUUUGCUAUUUCUUAGUGUUUAGAAGAAUGGCCAGUAUGAAGGGAGGAAUGACUACAGCAAUCACAAAGUCAUUGGUAUGGCAUGUGAGAACUGAGGUAGGAUAGACUUGAAAAAAUCUAAACGUAACCCUAAAGUCAGAUCAGACAAGUAACUGUAGGUUAACAUUGUUAUGGCUGUUUUCACCCAACAACCUGAGUGUGGAGCGACACCUGCCUCCAGAUUGUAUCUACUCUUUUAACCAGAGGGCCCACACUGACAUGUUUGUCUUUAUUUUUAACACUCUUGUGUGUGACUGCUCUCUUCCUUUCCUGGAUUUAAAAAUAACAGCUGAGGUAGCUAUUCUUUUGAUGUUUUAAGUAUACAGUUUCCUUCAUGAGUGUUGGUCACCUGCUCGUAUCCUUGCACAGUGGUUGCUCUCUGGUGGAAUAGCUAAUCUUGGAAGUAUUAGAUUUAUGAUACUAACGAGUUUUGAAUACGGUUUUUAGUGUCACACUUGAGUGUCAGUGCAGCGGCACUAGCAGCAGUAGCUGUGAAGGUGAUGUUUCAGGUGGUGUUCUGUGAACUGGCGUUGCUUCUCUGUAUAUUGUAUGUGAUGUGACUGAACAUUAAGCAGAACAGAUGUUAACGUCUGUGUCAGUCGCUAACAAUGAACCGCAGAUCCUGAUUAAUCCUUUUUGAUAUUUUAGUGUUGUGAAAAUGGGGGCUGGGCACCCUAACUUAUUCAUUCCAGUUAUAUCGGUGGAUCGUGGUGGGGACCUUGGUUUUGCCAGCGGGGCUUAGGGUGGGGAUUUGUGAACAAGAGUUAGGAAAGACUUUUUUUCUGUCUUUCUCUUAUUUAUUGAUGUCUUUGCAGAUGUUCUCAUCUGCCAGCGUGGCUCUUUGAGGUGGAUUAAAUGUUUACCGAGAGAUCACUCUUUGCAACAUUCACGUAAUCGCCGGGCACUCUCUCUAACAAGAAUGUUCUUUUAGGCACGGUACUAUCUGCUCCUCCAAAUAGCUUUUAUCUGUUGCCGUCUCCUGCAGGGGCAUUUGUUAGGGCUGUUCUUCUAACCAUCUUGAACACAAACUAGGUAUAAAAUGUUUAAGCAACAUUUUUGUUCAUAGGGUUUCACUACGAUAGCAUUUGUUAAUGGCAACACUUCAAAAUACUGUAAAAGUAACUUGAUAUAUGGUUGGUGGUGUGUUAAACUUGAGCGUCUCCUGUAACAUGUACGUGUAGCUUGAAUGGCCUACGGUCAUCUUUUCUAAAUGAGCUGCUUUUUAUAACCUUUCAGCAAUAGCAAGGACAGGAUGUCUUUUAAAAUAUUUCAGGAGUGCUUUACAAUAAUGUUGCAGCAGGUUUUCUGUGAAUCAAAGUCAUAAGUGCGCCACCACUCGGAGGGACUCGCUGUAGUGGAGACUAUUUCCCGGUUUAGAGGAUAUUAAAUCAUUUUGGCUCAGUUUUGUGUUCACAAGUUGUCUCCCAAAGAGGACUGUGGUGCAUCUGGUAUCUAAAGGAGGAGGUAAAAAGUGCCACAGGUAUUGGAAAUCCCUGUUUAAAUGGACCUGAAUGGUUUCAGUACACACAAGAUACUGUGCUGGACAGGGGAGACCAGACUUGUGCAGCUGUUUGUUUCAGAGAAGAGGAUGAGAGAGCUGUACCAGAGUAGGUUUUGUUUGUUUUUUGUCUUUUCAUAUCUCUAGGUGAAUUGCAAUACAUGUGUUUAUAGUUUCUGAGGUGUCAGGGGUGUUCAGUUUGCAAUAAAUGGUAUAUUCUGCUGUGUACAGUUACAUUUUUUUAAUUACACAAAUUGUACUUGUUUCUAUUUUUUGUGAUGGUUUAAAAAAGAACAAAAUUAUUUUAAAGUGUAAAGGAAAUCUUAGUAUUUUUUUAGUUUGUUUGUCUUAAAUAUUGAUGCAGGAUUUAUUCUUUAAAUAAAGUCAUCUGUGUUACCUGC